AUGAUCUUUGCCAGAACGACAAUCAUCGUAAGUGUUUUCUUGUUGUCAACACUAUACCGAACAUGCGUGGGACUAAAUUUAAAAUGUGACCCAGACUAUAUAUGUGAAAUUUGGAACUGGAAACCACGUGAGGAAAAAACGUUUAUUCUGCGCCAUAUUCCAAAUACGCACGGAUCGUUGGAGAUUCAUAAUCUUUUGGUAUCGUCGACUACCAGCAGGCUGUUCGACAUCUUUGAAUCAUCGCGGAAAGACAUGUACACUUCACUCACCGUGUUAACGUCCCCUAUACACAAUUUCGUGUUGGAAAAUGGUUCAACGCUUCAUACAGUAGAGUUCAGAAACACACAUCUCAGCUCGAUACUGUUCGGGAAAAAUUGUACUCUAGCGCAUCUAAGGAUCAAACACAGCAAACUGUCCCAUCUGCCCAAGUCCAUACAAGAACUCAAAAAUUUGAACACGCUCACAAUCAGUCACUCGCAUAUUCAAGCGAUCAAUUUGCACGUUAUUGCCAAGUUACCAAGGUUGAUAAUUUUAGAUCUGACCAGAAACAGAAUACACUCGCUGUACUUUACGGCAGAGAAUGCUUCGUUUCCGACGCUGGCUUAUGUGUUCUUACGGGAAAACAAACUAAGAAGCAUCAACAUGGACAUAUUCAACGAGAUGAAGUAUCUCGAAAAUAUCGAUCUAUCACACAAUCUCAUGAGUGUAAUGACGGGGUCAUUAGUGUCCAGCAGUAUGAAAUUACUCGAUCUGUCGUUUAACAGACUACUCAAGAUAGACUGUUGCAAGUGGAACGUUCCAAAUUUAUAUAAUCUUAUAGCACACGAUAAUCUCUUUCUCUCACUGCCAAGGUGUAUAGAACAGACAUUAGCGAAUGUUUCUCACGUAGAUUUUUCCAACAAUCAACUCGAUCCAGAUGAGCUAUUCGUAUUUGGAAGAUUUAAGAAUUUACACUAUUUGACACUAAAAAACAACAAACUAACGUACGUCGUGCUGAACGAGACUACCAUCCCAAUGAAAAUGAAUGUAUUGAAUUUGGGUAUGAACAAAUUAAGACGUUUGGAAGUAUCGUAUGUUCCCAACAAGAACACCUACAUAGACGUCUCCUUGAACUGCAUCAGCCAUGUAGAUUGGGACAACAUUUCUACAAAUCUUACGAUGCUGGAAAUGGCGGGAAAUCCAUUGGAUUGCAGUUUUGAUAAUACACCUAGCUUUCAUGUCAGAGCAAAUCAUUCGUGCAGGGAAAACAAAAACGUCACUUGUGAUUGA